GCAGAUCCGGGAGGUAUAGUGCACGGGUUGCAGAAGGAGGAGAGUCGUAGAGAUAGGGAGUUUGCGUUCAUGAGAGCCCUUCUGGGUGGCAAUGGUUACAUCGCCUUUAUCCCCGGCGAAAACAAAAAGAACAAAUUGUUCAAUGUUUUCUCAAAUGAGCCCGAUUUCAAGAACUGCAACGGGUGGAGCACAGUGGUAACCAAGAAGCAGUUGUCUGCUUUGAAGGGCAUUGACAUCAGUGUUUUCAUGGUUAACUUGACCAAGGGUUCUAUGAUGGGACCGCAUUGGAACCCAAGGGCUUCUGAGUUUGGAAUCUGUUUGCACGGGCAGGGAAUGGUUACGGUCGUCUGUCCCAGCAGCGGAAACCGAACAAGCUGCAAAAACAUGAGGUUUCACGUUGAGGAAGGUGACAUGUUUGCCGUGCCGAGGUUCCAUCCCAUGGCUCAAGUGGCAUUCAACAACGACUCCUUUGUAUUCAUGGGAUUCAGUACGGCGGCGAAGAACAACCACCCUCAGUACCUGGCGGGCAAAGCAUCCGUGUUACGAACUCUGGACAGAGACAUUCUGUCGGUUUCUUUGGAUGCCAAAAACACGACAGUGGAUAAGAUAUUGAACCAACAAGAGCAGGCGAUCAUUCUUGAAUGCACAUCGUGCGCCGAGGAGGAGUUCAAGGUAAUGAAAGAAGAAAUUCAGAAAGAAAAAGAGGAAGAGAAGAAGAAAAAGGAGGAGGAAGAAAAGAAGAAACAAGAAGAGGAAGAAAAGAAGAAACAAGAAGAGGAAGAAAAGAAGAAAAAAGAAGAGGAAGAAAAGAGAAAACAAGAAGAGGAAGAAAAGAAGAAAAAGGAGGAGGAAGAAGAGGAAGAAAAGAAGAAACAAGAAGAGGAAGAGAAGAGAAGAGAGAAACAAGAGAAGGAAAGAGAGGAGGAGGAGGAAGAAGCUAAAAAGAGACAAGAGGAAGAGGCCAAGAAGAAAGAAGAAGAGCAACGAAGACAAGAAGAGGAGGCUGCAAGAAGGGAAGAAGAAGGUAGGAAAAAAGAGGAAGAAGCAAAGAAAAGGGAAGAGCAGAGGCAAAAGGAAGAAGAAGAGGCCGCUCGAGAGGCAGCUAGAAGGGAAGAGGAAGCAAGGAAAACAGAGGAAGAAGCAAAGAAAAAGGAAAAGCAAAGGCAAAAGGAAGAAGAAGAAGAGGCAGCUAGAGAAGAGGAAGAAGAAAGAAGAGAAGAGGCAGCUAGAAAAGAGGAAGAAGAAAGAAGAGAAGAGGAGAGUAGACAAAAGAAGGAAGAGGAGGCCGCUAAGCAGCACAAGGAAGAAGAAGAAGAAGAAGAGCGACACGAGGGUGGUGGCUGGGAGUGGGGAGAGGAGGGUCCAGCAGGCAUGGACAUGGACUGGGGAAGAAAAGUCUUGAACAAGAAGAAGAAGAUCUUGCCUUAAAUUUCCCCAGUUUCCAAACUCUGAUGGAUAUCAUAGAAAACUGAAAACAUAUCUUGACUUUUAGAGUAUAAAAUUUUUUCUUGGCUUACAAACCAAACCCAACCAUAUCGCUUUUACACGCAGCCACCCAAUCCGAUGCCUGAAUACACCAAAGCCGAGUGCCGAGGUUGUGGAAGAGAGUCAUCUAUGGCAUUGCUAGGGGGGCGGGCCUAUGCAUACCAUCAUAAGUCUUCCACUUCUUGAGGUGAUAGCACUUUUGGCGAAAGGGAACAAGUGACACCGGCACUGGGAUAAACUUCAAGUUCAAUGUUGUUCUACAAAUAUGAAAUAUGCAUUGUUCUAAUGGCCCUGGCCUCGACAGAACACCAUGUAUCUCACUAAAAUAUUGAGAAAAAUCUAGUGGAAAAGACCUGGAUCAAGAAAAAAGAAUACGAGUC